AUGCGCGGCCUCGAUGAAAAUACCGAAGUUGACGUUGACGCGCUCAUCCGCACCGGUCAAAAGGCUCAAGCACAAGUCAGGCAUGCAUGGGAUGGGUUUGUCAAUUUUGCAGCGCGGGAUAACGUGUUGGAGGUUGCUUUGGGUUUGAUAAUCGCGAACGCGUUCACCAAAGUAGUCACAUCUUUCGUAUCGGACUUGGUCCUGCCGAUCGUCUCGCUUCUCCCGUUUUUGAACAGGAACAUGGAUCAAAAGUUUGCAGUACUCUCACAGGGUCCGAAUUACACCAGUGAAGGUUACAACACACUUUAUCAAGCUCGAGAAGAUGGUGCAUUAGUGUUGGCCUAUGGAGCAUUUAUCGAGACGGUUGUAAAUUUCUUGGGUGUCAGCCUUACCCUGUAUGCUGCUGGACAUUUGUACAUGUUUUUCUUCCACAGCAAAAUCAUCAAACCGACAGUCCGGUGUCCAUACUGCAAGCAGUUUAUUAGCGAAGCGGCUCUUCGUUGUCGUCAUUGCUCAACUUGGCAAGAUGGAAGGGAAGACGAGCCGAAAGCUGAGAGUUUGCAGGGAGAAUUACUUGAAGAUGGACCAAGCUUGAUCAGAGCAGAUCCCUAG